AUGGAUCACGCGGCUGCUUCGCGUGCGGCGGCACUUCGUACCGAGCGGCUGGCGAUCCUGGCGUUGCUUGUUGGCGCCAUUGCCACAGCUUUCGCCCCGAUUCUUGUACGCCUGAGCGAAUUGGGUCCGAGCCAGACGGCAUUCUACCGUUUCCUGCUUGCGAUACCUCUUUACUGGGUCAUUGCGCUGGCCGUGCCGGGUGGAGACCGGCGCGCCCGCCACGAGAACCCUGCCGGUUCGAGGGCCUAUCUCCUGAUGGCAAUGGCAGGCGCGUUUCUCGCCGGCGACAUGUCGGUAUGGCACUAUUCGAUUCUCAUGACGACGGUGGCCAAUGCCAGCCUGCUCUUGAACGUGACACCGGUGUUCGUGGUUCUGGGCGGAUGGCUCCUGUUCCGCACGCGGGUGACCCGAACGUUCAUGCUCGGACUUGCGGCGGCAAUGGCCGGCGUGGUUGUGCUUUCGGGAGCGAGUCUGGCGCUCAGCCGCACACACCUGGUGGGCGACCUGCUGGGUGUGGUGACGGCCAUGUUCUAUGCCUCCUACCAGUUGACCAUCGAGCGCCUGCGGCAGCGCUUUUCCACCAUCACCAUCAUGCUCUACGCGGUGCCGGUCAGUGCAAUGGUCACUCUGCCGCUCGCGAUCUUGAGUGACGGCACCCUGGCUGUCACGACCCCUGCCGGGUGGGCCGUGCUGGUUGCGCUGGCGGCCGGGCCGCAAGUGCUCGGCCAGGGCCUGAUCGCCUGGGCCCUGGCGCAUCUGCCGGCGUCGUUCGUUUCCGUCAGCCUCCUGGUGCAGCCGAUCGUCGCCGGCACCGUCGCCUGGUUCCUGUUCGACGAGCGUAUCGGGGUGCAGCAGGCGAUGGGCGCCAUUGCCGUUCUGGCGGGAGUCGUCAUUGCCCGCCGCGGGACCGUGCGGCGGUGA